AUGAAAGCUGAGCAUCUCGUAGUGUCUAGGUCAACGACCAAAUCUCUGUUACGAAGGAGACUGAGGAUCCAGAAGUUGUAUCACUGGUUCACACACAGCGCUAAUGAACAAGAUCUUAAACCAAGGCAGGUGCUGAGAUGGGAUCUGGUGUUUUGUGAUGGUGACGAGUUUGACUACGUGGUGAUAGGCGCCGGUGCAGCGGGGAGUGCGGUGGCAGCGAGACUAGCGCUGGCUGGACAUAGCGUGCUGUUGGUUGAAGCAGGCGGAGAUCCCAACAUCCUCACAAGAAUACCUGGAGCAACUUUGGCUUUGACUGGUUCAAAUCUGGAUUGGUACUAUGAUACGAUACCCAAUAAUAAGUCGUGUCUCUCUUCUAUAGGAGGGAAAUGUCGUUUAAGUCGAGGUCGAUGUCUAGGAGGAUCGACUAGCCUUAACUACAUGAUGUACACUCGAGGAAACAGGCAGGACUACGACUUUAAUGUCACCGGCUGGGACUGGGAAGACAUUAAACCGUAUUUUCUUCGAUUUGAAGGGCUACAGGAACCUUAUAGACUUCCAAAAUCGUCUGGAGCGUAUCAUAAUACUUCUGGUAUAACGCCAAUAGGAUACUUUGGUGAUUCCGGUAAUCCGUGGCACCAAAGGAUUGUCGAUGGCUUGACUUCCUUAAACUUUCCAUACAAUCCAGAUGUAAAUUCCAAGUCUCAGAUAGGUGUUUCUAAAAUUCUUGGUUUUACUUCCGGAGGAGAACGAGUGAGCACUGCAACUGCCUAUUUAGGUACAAAAAAUGUGAAAGAAUCAUUAAAGAUUGUUAAAAAUACAAAGUGUACAGGAGUAAUUAUUGAUACUGAAAAUAUUGCUAGAGGGGUAACUCUAGCGAGAGGUUUUAAUGAUACUAUAAAUAUAUUUACUAGAAAAGAAGUAAUUUUAAGUGCUGGAGCCUUUAAUACUCCUCAAUUACUAAUGCUGUCGGGAAUUGGGCCAAAAGAACAUUUAGAAGAGUUUAAUAUUCCUGUCAAAGCAAAUUUACCCGUAGGUGAAGGAAUGUCUGACCAUGUUUUGCCUAUAAUAAACAUAAAAGUCGAUCAUGAUUCUAUACCAUCAUCAAAUAUUGUAUCUAUUGGAUCCAGGCUCUGGCAGGGUCUUAGUUGGCUACUAAUGCGUAGUGGCCCAUUAGCGUCAAAUAGUAUAACUGACCUGACUGCUUUUGCAAACACUGAAUGCUACGACUUCAAACUUAGGCGAUUACUCAAUAACACACCAGAAUGCGAAUUGCCAAACUUGCAAUUAAUUUAUGCUUACAUUGAUAAGGGGUUACUUAGCAUGGUUAAAUCGUUAUAUGAAAUUGCCGCUCCACACUCUCCCGAAGUCAUGGAUCAAGUGAUAGCAGCCAACGAAGAAAGCUCUUUCAUUGUGGUGUCACCGGUGGUUCUAAAGCCAAAGUCUCGGGGUUGGGUUAAACUGGCUAGUUCCAAUCCAUUCGUACAACCGGCUAUUAUUCCCAACUACUUGAGUGACGAAAGAGAUGUCGAAGAAAUGGUGCGUGCCAUAAAAUUUCUGGAGCAAGUAGUCGAGACGCCUGUAUUUAACAAAUGUAAUGCAUCCAUUUUGAAGCUUCAUAUUUCUGGUUGUCCUGCCUUUGAUGAAGAAGGUUACUGGGAAUGUUAUUCAAGACACAUGACGCAUUCAGUUCAACACGCGGUCGGAACAGCAGCUCUCGGGCAAGUGGUAGACGAAAGAUUAAGAGUUAAGGGUGUUAAAAAUCUUCGCAUUGCCGACGCUUCGGUACUCCCUCACUUGCCACGUGGUAAUACGGCUGCUGCUAUAAUCGCUAUUGGAGAACGUUUAUCAGACUUCCUUUUACAAGAUCGAGGAUUGGAAUGA